UCAGGAGCGACAUUUGGACUUGGAUUGACUGCUGCUCACCACAUGAGGCCAAACAUGGGUCGCUACCUUAGCACCAACUUGUGUUCAAGUUCUGUGAACAAGACUUUGAGAUCAUACUGCAAAAUUAGGUACCUAAUGAGCCUACUCAGAAAGCACCCUCAUCUGGCUAAAGAACCACUCAGCCUGGACCUCCACAGAUAUUCAUUGCUGUCCCCUUCUCAUCCGUCCAGAUUUACAAAAAAAGCUACCUUUAAAAUAUUAAACCACAGUGAUACAGGUUCUACCUCUAACUACAUCGUCAGAGAUUUCACCAAAGAGCUGAAACAUCUCCAGGUGGUGCGUUUUUAUUCCUCCUCCAACAGAAAAACAUUCAAACCUGAAGCUCCAAUUGGGAUCUUUGAGGAGGCUCCGAACAGUUUUCUUUUGAGUCUUGGUCAGUCAUUUAAUAAAUUGUCCAGACAUAUUAAUGUUUAUUUCAAGAGAAAGGAUGUUGUAUGUCUAGCUGGAAAUGCCAGCCUUGUUGUCACAACUCCAGAUUAUCAUGGCAGGAUGCAGAGACGUUGUCAAAGUCAAAGGGCAGCAAGAGAGAGAAAUGUUUCUGAAGGGAAAGACACAACACAGACUUUAGAAAGCAAAGAUAAUCAGGAGAGCUCAGGUACAAGUCCUCCGACACAGGGCAGCUCUGGACUACAACUAUUUCACAUCAGCUCUUUGGUGACAACAUUCGGUGAGAGCUACAGUUAUGUUGCUAAUCACAUUAACUCAGUCUUUUCUCGCAGUUCUGCAAAAGUUCAAAUGCAGGAGAAUGUGGAAACCACAGGAGGGACAAACAGGAGGCUGAAGAGGAGAAAAAUGCAAAACACUUACAUCAUAAAGUCUACAGAAGCUGACAUUUCAGAAGCCAAAUCUGGUGCCGAUCAAGCAGCUGUUGAGUCUAACAAUUUCUCCAGCAGCUGGGAGGAGGGCUACCUUCACUUUGCAAGACACAUCAAUAAAUACUUCGGUGCUAAGGCUGCUGAAGAAGUUGACCCAGGUCAGAACAGGAGAGAACAACUUUCUGUGGGAAAGAAUAGCACUUACAACAAACACUUUACAACACACUCUACCUCACAAACUCAAGGUGCCGUGUCACAACUGAAGCAAGACAAACCAUCCAGCCAUGAAACUGAAAGCCUUUUCCACAACAGCCAAAAUAACACAAACUUUGGGGAAAACCAUUUUCAAAUGGCCGGUCACAUCAAUCAGUAUUUCAAGGGUCAAAGUGGUUUGGAUGAGGACAUUGAUCGUAAUCUCUUACCGGAGAUAGUCCCUGGAUCUACUACUUCUGAGAAACCCAAGACUUUAUCCUUUAUGGAUUGUCUUCGCCACCCUACAAGCGCCAUCCCUGACAUACUGGGUUCUUAUCUGAAUCUGGGCUCCUUGACCCAGACCAGUAAGCCCAAACCUGCCAUAACAUCACCAGAGGCAAUACUGAGUAAAAAGUUCGUCUUGGGUCGCAGGCAGGCGGAGGAAAUGACACGCAGGCUGGUCGGCACUCUGUCACAGGCUUCAUCUCCAGACGCUCUGACCGCCUGCGUGGAGGCACUGAAUGAACACCUUAUCCGUUACCCAUCAUGCAAAGCUGUAAUGUGGCAGGAGAAAACUGCCGCCACAUUACUGAGAAAGCGACGAACCUGCAGAGAUAACCAGCUGCUUCAGAACGCAUUAAGGGAAAGCUUGGCUCUAAUCGGCUACGUGGAUCCAGUCAAAGGACGUGGCAUUAGAGUGCUCUCAAUUGAUGGUGGUGGCACAAGGGGUGUGGUGCCUUUGCAGGUAUUAAAGCUUCUGGAAGCUGAGACAGGAAAGAAGAUCCACCAGCUGUUUGACUACAUCUGUGGAGUGAGCACAGGUGCUGUUCUAGCCUUCAUGCUGGGUCUGGCCCAUUUCUCUCUGGAGGAGUGCGCUGACAUGUAUCGUCGUUUUGGCUCUGAAGUGUUUCGGCAGAACCCCCUGGUUGGUACUAUGAAGAUGGGCUGGAGUCACUCUUACUAUAACACUGAGACCUGGGAGACAAUACUACGAGAAAAGCUGGGAAAUAGAGUACUUAUCAAAACAGCCAGAGAUGAGUUGAGCCCCAAGGUUUCAGCAGUCAGCACUGUGGUAAACUGGGGUACAAGUCCAAAGGCAUUCGUCUUCCGCAACUACAACCACAAACCAGGCUCUCUGAGCCGCUACGCAGGAGCCUCAGCCUGCCAGAUGUGGCAGGCAGUUCGAGCAUCAUCAGCUGCCCCAGGAUACUUCCAGGAGUUCACCUUGCAAAGUGACAUUCACCAGGAUGGAGGAAUUGUCCUCAACAAUCCCUGCUCCUUGGCCGUCCAUGAGAGCCGUCUAUUGUGGCCCAACCAGCCCUUCCAGUGCGUGCUGUCCCUUGGCACCGGCCGCUAUGACAAUGCUAAGAGGGCACCUGCCACCUCCACCAGCCUGAGAGCCAAAAUCAGCAACCUGAUCUGCAGUGCCACUGACACUGAAGGGGUCCACACCCUUUUGGAUGAACUGCUGGCUCCAGACGUGUACUUCCGCUUCAACCCCAUGUUGAGUGCUGUGGUUUCCCUGGAUGAGAGCCGGCCCCAGGCCCUGGACCAACUGCAUAGAGAUACCCAAAGCUACCUGGAGAGAAACCGGCCCAAACUGGCCAGGCUGUGUUUGGUGCUCGGGGCUGAGCGCUCAGCUGCGAGCAGAACUAAGGACUGGAUGAGUGAGAGGGCCUGGGAGAUGAAGCAGAGAUGGAUGUGA